AUCAUUUAACCGGUGCGAGACGCGCUAUAGAAAGAUAAUCUACACAUAUUUAUACGGGAUAUGAAUACUUUUCGGCUAUAAAUAAAAACAUGCUGGACUACUGUGGGGAAAAUGCUGCCAAUGUACAAACGUCAAUGCAUUCGGCUUAUGCUCCUCCUGCACCUAAUUCUUCCGUAGCGAAUCUUCUGCAAGGAAUGACUGAACGACGAGAUGCCUUCGUUCUCAACAAUCCUCCUUUGGCCGCCCUCCACAAUAUGACAGAAAUGAAAACGCCAAAUUCGUGCGCAAGUCUCUGCUCUCAUCCGCUCAAAACGUCACCUCCUUCCUUUUCAUUGGCAUCAACGCCGCACGGAAUUCAGGACAUUCUGAAUUUGAGCAGAACAUCUCAAACUCUAUUACCGCAUCUAAAUUCCAGCUUGCAACAGCCAAGACCCCCAAUUUAUCCACCAACUUCCACUAGAUUCUCAAAAGAUCUUCCCAAGAGUCCGUUGUCUUGCUAUUGGCCAACUCAGAAUUCCGCAACCAUAUCGAAUUUACAAAGUUCCGCAGGAUCUUCUAGUCAAGCGGCAAUCUGGCGUACUCAGAGUGAGUAUGUUGAGACUCCGCCCCAACUUCUUGACAAGGACGGAAAAAAGAAACAUACGCGACCUACUUUUAGCGGUCAUCAAAUAUUCGCUUUAGAAAAGACGUUCGAACAAACGAAAUACUUGGCUGGACCGGAAAGGGCCCGCCUUGCCUACGCUUUAGGAAUGAGUGAAUCUCAAGUUAAGGUAAAAAUAAUUUCAUGUUUUAGUACUCUUUUUCUUUUUCCUUUAUAGCUUUUUGCUCCAUUUUGGAUCGAUUCCGUUUUUUUUUCCACAUCUGAAAGUGGAAAAUACCUCUCUUUUAUGGCGUAGAUGUAUAUAUCCAUUUUCUUAUUCCCUCUCUGCCCUGUUUACCGGUUGAGAGAAAAGCAAACAAACUAGUUUGGCCGUCGGCUUCGUUCGAAUGUCAAUUGCAUACAGAUGCUCUCUUUUCUAAAUCAUUUCAACCUUCUCAGGUUUUUAUGAGCUUCGCCCUUUCGCCAGACGGACCACAUCUCAAAAGUUUAAAAUUUCUCAAUAGUUUAUGCAAUGCGUAUAAGAAUUCAAUAACCCUUUUAAUAGAACGCGUCGAAGCCUUUUCACACGAAGGUUACAACCUUUCGAAUGAUUUAUGAUAAACACGUUGCUUUAUUAAACUUUUCCUUUGUCGUGUGUCCGUUCUGUUUUGCUUAUAGCGAUUUGAUUACCCAUUUUUUUCUAUCAAGCACGUGUCCUUCUUAUUAUAUAAUUUAAUAACUCCUUUUUAGAUCUCCUUAAAGAAUUUGUAAAAGUUUGUAAAUACUUCCGGUUUAAGAGAAAUGAAAAAACGAGGAGAAAAAACCCGAGCGCACCCGGAUAAGGCAUUGGAAUGUCGGUGAUCGAUCAAAAAGUGCGCCGUUGACAAAUUGAGCAACGACGGCGCCAUUUUUAUCGCAAACACCAUCUCCCCCUCCUAUUAUUUCCGUUCUAUACUGUUACAGUCAUGAAAUUAGCAUUCGAACUGUUGCGCUAUUUGCGUUUUUCUUCCGAGGAAAAAAGAAAUAAAGGGAGCGGAAGUAAAGCCGCCUAUCAAUUCUCGGAAUGAAUUUAGUGUAACUAACCCGUUCAGCUUCAUUAGUGUACUUCAAAACAGGCUGUCGUUCAGAUAUUCUUGACCUCUGACCGGACGGCCGCCUUAAAUUAGCAUAUAGAACACUCAAGUAUUGAGUACGAUCUUAUAUAAUUCGAUCAAAGCGUACGCUUGGCCGAUUGAUAUCAUUCAUUUAAUCAACUUUCGCGCUUGACUAACCGCAUAUACAUGUUUGCCCCGUUUUCCUUUAUAGUUUAUAUUGGAAUACUUAAUAUCAAAUUCUAUUCUGAUUCUAUUCUAUUUUAUCUUUAGUUUGUUUAUACAAUUUUUUUUUCUACGUCUUAAAAGGUUUGGUUUCAAAAUCGAAGGACAAAAUGGAGAAAAAAGCACGCAGCUGAAAUGGCCACAGCUAAGAAAAGGCAAGAGGAACAAGAAGAUGAAAUGAAUUCUGACGAAGAAGAAGAGUCUAUUAUGCAGAACGACUAUAGCAAAUCUUGGAACUCUCUAGAUUGCAAUUAACGCUUACUGUUUGUUUAUUUUUAUCAAUAUAUUUAUUUUUUACAUUAAUGUGUACUGUAUAUAUAAACAAUAUAUGCUAUAUAAAUAUAUAAAUAAGUAUAUCUACAUAUAUCUAUAUAUAUAGAUAUAUAUAGAUAUGCUGAAUAUAC